UGCCACGUGGCGCCACGAGCUGCCCCAGCACACAUCAUAAUAUCGAACGAGCUCCUCAAAAUUCCCACUUACAACGGCUCAUUCACCUUCCAAACCAGCAGCCAGAACCACACGCGCCGCCGCACGCGCCCACGAAUUCUCCGAUAUGGCUAUGGCUGGUUCCCUCUGCUACGCCGGCCCGCUUCCCAUCAAGACCUCCUCAAAGCAACCCACCGUGCGAUCACCCGGAGCGGGGCCGUGCGCAGCGCGAAACUUGCAGCUUCCCUCGUUGAAAUUCGCGGCGAGACCGUCUUCCUCGACGGUGGUGGCGGCCGCCGCGAGCACGGUGGGAGCAGAGACUCAGUCCGGAGCUGCAACUCCGGCGAAGGUUCUGCCUUUCCGCGUCGGCCACGGAUUUGACCUUCAUCGGCUCGAGCCGGGGUAUCCCCUCAUUAUCGGCGGCAUCAAUAUUCCUCAUGAUCGAGGCUGCGAAGCUCACUCCGACGGUGAUGUAUUGCUGCACUGUGUUGUUGAUGCAAUAUUGGGGGCGCUUGGGCUCCCAGAUAUAGGGCAGAUAUUUCCAGACACAGAUCCUAAGUGGAAAGGCGCAGCAUCUUGUGUUUUUGUGGAGGAGGCAGUUCGGCUAAUGCACGAGGCAGGCUACGAACUUGGCAACUUAGAUGCCACAUUGAUUCUCCAAAGACCAAAACUGAGCCCUCACAAGGAGACUAUGCGGGCGAAUCUAUGCAAGCUACUUGGCGCGGACCCUUCCGUUGUGAACCUCAAGGCUAAAACUCAUGAGAAGGUGGACAGUCUCGGGGAGAACCGGAGCAUCGCAGCGCAUACAGUUGUUCUCCUUUUUAGGAAGUGAUACAUGCUUUGGCUUUUAAUUGAAACACAUACAUGUAUUGAUGGUAUGGUAUUUACAUCAAUAGCUUCUCAAAAUGAAGUAUUUUCUUAUAGAUGCAAGUCAGUUGUAUAGUUUCUGCAACUGAUGAACUGAAACAAUCGAUGGUUUUGAAGUAUGAACAUGAUAUAUUGCAAAUCUGCAAA